AUGCUCCAGAAAAACAGUGGGCAUCAAGGACCAAUCACAGCUGAGUAUUUGGACCCUCCUCCAAAGCAGGGGGCGGUCACUCCCGGCUUCCUGUUUCCUGUCGACCAUGAGGAUGGCGGGAAGAAAGGGAAAGGAGGCAGAGAUGGAGGAGUAAGGAGACAGUUGACAGAGGUGGAGAAAUUAAGGGAUGAAAACGGGGACAUCAUUGAAAAACUCAAACAGGACAUAAAGGACACAGUUGAAGGUCAGAGGAUUCUGGAGAAGAAAGGUGGUGCAGCGCUGAAGGAUCUCAAGCGACAGCUGCAGUCCGAGAGGAAGAGAGCUGAUAAACUACAGGAGAGACUGCAGGAGAUCCUGACAAACAGCAAGACCAGGACCGGUCUUGAGGAGCUGGUUCUGUCGGAGAUCAGCAGCCCAAGCCGGACCCAGCAGACUGGGGACUCCUCCUCCGUCUCCUCCUUCUCUUACCGAGACAUGAUGAAGGAGGCGCAGCCACCCAGAGAAAAGGCCACCGGGGGGAGCCCUCCACCCCCCCAGGGCUCGGCUGACCUCAGUGACGAGGAGGUGGGGGAGCUGUUCCAGAGACUGGCCCUCGUCCAGCAGGACAAAUGGAUGCUGGAGGAGAAGGUGAAACACCUGGAGGUGAGCUGCUCCUCCAUGGCUGAAGACAUCCGCAGAAAGAGCGCCAUCAUAGAGACCUACGUCCACGACAGCCGCACCGUUUGA